AUGGGUAUAACUUCAGAUAGAAAGUGGGAUGGUUCUCCUCAAAGAGAGGUGUCAGAGUCACCAGCAGGAUCAGAAGCAGGUAAGUCAACAUCCGAAGGACAGGAAGCAGUCAAGUUAGCACCCAAAGGACUGGAAGCAGGUAAGUUAACACCCGAAGGACCAGAAGCAGGCAAGUCAACACCCGAAGGACUGGGAGUAGGCAAGUCAACACCCGGACGACCGCAAGUAGUCAACACCCGAACGACCGGAAACAGGCAAGUCAACACCCGAAGGACCGGAAACAGGCAAGUCAACACCCGAAGUCAACACCGAAGGACCGGAAACAGGCAAGUUCAGAAGGACCGGAAACAGGCAAGUCAACACCCGAAGGACCGGAAACAGGCAAGUCACCACCCGAAGGACCGAAACAGGAAGUCAACACCCGAAGGACGGAAACAGGACGGAACAGGCAAGUCACCACCCGAAGGACCGGAAACAGGCAAGUCAACACCCGAAGGACCGGAAACAGGCAAGUCACCACCCGAAGGACCGGAAACAGGCAAGUCAACACCCGAAGGACCGGAAACAGGCAAGUCAACACCCGAAGGACCGGAAACAGGCAAGUCAACCCCGAAGGACCGGAAACAGGCAAGUCAACACCCGAAGGACCGGAAACAGGCAAGUCAACACCCGAAGGACGGAAACAGGCAAGUCAACACCCGAAGGGAAAACAGGCAAGUCAACACCCGAAGGACCGGAAACAGGCAAGUCAACACCCGAAUCAACCGAAGGACCGAAACAGGCAAGUCAACACCGAAGGACCGGAAACAGGCAAGUCACCACCCGAAGGACCGGAAACAGGCAAGUCACCACCCGAAGGACCGGAAACAGGCAAGUCAACACCCGAAGGACCGGAAACAGGCAAGUCACCACCCGAAGGCCCGGAAACAGGCAAGUCAACACCCGAAGGACCGGAAACAGGCAAAUCAACACCCGAAGGACCGGAAACAGGCAAGUCACCACCCGAAGGACCGGAAACAGGCAAGUCAGGACCGGAAACAGGCAAGUCACCACCCGAAGGACCGGAAACAGGCAAGUCAACACCCGAAGGACCGGAAACAGGCAAAUCAACACCCGAAGGACCGGAAACAGGCAAGUCACCACCCGAAGGACCGGAAACAGGCAAGUCAACACCCGAACGACCAGAAGCAGGUAAGUCAGCACCCGAAGGACCAGAUGCAGGUAAGUCAGCAACCAAAGGACCAGACGCAGGGAUGUCAGCACCAGAAAGACCAGACACAGGUAUGUCAGCACCCAAAGGACCAGAAGCAGGUAAGUCAGCACCCGAAGGACCAGACGCAGGCAAGUCAGCAACUGAAGGACGAGGAGCAGGAAAAUCAACACUUAAACUGUGUCAGAUAUACUUCGAUUGAUACAGGCAUCGUUUUUAAUGGUUUUAUCUGA